AGAGCGAGAUCAAACUGAUUUCUAUUUGCUUUUCUCUGGACCCAAAACCGGACCAACAUCUAGAUCCCACCAACAUUUACAAAGCAGGAAGACAAAUAUCAAAUACCAGCAUCCAUGGUGGGGAGAAAGCGCCAGUGGUGUCGGGAGAGAAUGAGACAAAAAGGUAAAAAACAGGACAACCAAAAUUCUAUGGAGUCACUGAAAAGGACCAAAUAUAAAGCAGGAAAAGAAAAAAAUCCACAUCCAGAAGGAGGAAAAAAGCGGAGGGGACGGCCGCCAAAGGCAGGGAAAAAUAUAUGUGCCACUUCUCAGGGUUCUGAUGCUAGUGAACUCUUGAUAGUUCCAAAAAGAAAAGGAAGGAGAAACUAUCCGUUGCACAGAAAUACCUUCAAUUGUACCUCAGAUUUAAACAAACAUGGCAGACACCACAUGCAGGAAACACCAAAACAAAGUAUGGAAAAUCAUAAUGAUCAUAUUCCCCAGGAAAAAAGACGGAAGAAAGAGUAUAAAUGCCUCCAGUGUGGAAAGAGCUUUGGCCGAAGCAAUUACCUUACUUUACAUCAAAGAACUCACACUGGGAAAAAACUCUUUGAAUGCAAGGAAUGCGGAAAAAUAUUUGUUAAGAACAGUCAAAUUAUUUUACAUCAAAGAACUCACACUGGGGAGAAACCAUAUGAAUGCACAGAUUGUGGAAAGAGCUUCAGUUGCAAACAUCACCUUGGUACACAUCAAAGAACUCACACUGGGGAGAAACCGUAUGAAUGCGUGGAAUGUGGAAAGAGCUUCACUUGCAGUGGUAACCUUCGUUCACAUCAAAGAAUUCACACUGGGGAGAAGCCCUAUAAAUGUGUGGAAUGUGGAAAGAGCUUCACUCACCCUAAUACCCUUAAGUUACACCAAAGAACUCACACUGGAGAGAAACCUUAUGAAUGCACGGAAUGUGGGAGGAGCUUCAGUGAUGGCAGUCACCUUCGUUUGCAUAGACGAACUCACACAGGGGAGAAACCAUACGAAUGCAUGGCAUGUGGAAAGAGCUUCAGUUGCAGUGGUAACCUUCAUUCACAUCAAAGAACCCACUCGGGGGAGAAACCCUAUGAAUGCAUGGAGUGCGGAAUGAGUUUCCAUUGCAGUGGUAACCUUCGUUCACAUCAAAGAACUCACACUGGGGAGAAACCUUAUGAAUGCAUGGAAUGUGGAAAAACCUUCAGUCACAGCAGUAGCCUCAGUUCGCAUCAAAGAACUCACACUGGGGAGAAACCAUAUAAAUGCCUGGAGUGUGGAAAGAGCUUCCAUGAUAGUGGUAGCCUUAGUUCACAUAAAAGAAGUCAUAGUGGGGAGAAACCAUACAAAUGUAUGGAAUGUGGAAAGAACUUCAGUCGUAGCGGUAGCCUUAAUUCACAUCAAAGAACUCACACAGGGGAGAAACCAUAUGAAUGUACUGAAUGUGGGAAAAGCUUCAGUCAGAGCAGUAAUCUUACUUUACAUCAGAGAACUCACACAGGGGAGAAACCAUAUGAAUGCAUGGAAUGUGGAAAGAGCUUCAGUUGCAGUGGUAACCUUACUUUACAUCAGAGAACUCACAUAGGAGAGAAAUGCAUGCAAUGCGGGAAGACCUUCAUUGACAGCAGUAGCCUUAGUUCACAUCAGAGAACUCACACAAAGAAACCAUAUGAAUGCAAUAAAUGUCCAAAGAGCUUCAGUCAGAGCAAUAUCCUCACUAGACAUGAAAGAACUCAUAGUGGGGAGAAACCGUAUAGAUGCACACAGUGUGGAAAGAACUUCAGCCAGAGCAGCAACCUCAAUAGACAUCAGAAAAUUCACAGAGGGGAAAAACCAUAUAAAUGCAUGCAGUGUGGAAAGGACUUCAGCCAAAGUAGCCAGCUUAGUUCUCAUCAAAAAACUCACAGGGGGGAAAAACCAUAUAAAGAUAAGGUAUAUGGCAAAACCUUCACUCAGUGUAGAAAUUUACGUUCCCAUCAAAAAAAGGAAAACAAGAAACUGUAAAUGUGGGACGGUUGGAAUGUGGAAAGAGCUGCAUGAACAUCUAUGCUCAUUCUGUUCAUCAAAGAAUUCACACAUGGGAGAGACCAUUUGAA